AUGGGAAAUCAGCCAUCAGCUUCAGGAACAAUUAGCUCAUUAAAUUAAACAUAGUUAGAAGAAACAUAGAAUUCAUUACUGAAUCGCUAUUAAUUUAAUUAAAUUAAUGGAAAGUUAAAACUUAAUGGAACUGAAGUGCAUCCAGAGGAAAUAAGAGAUUUAUUAUCAAAUAAGAAUGCUCAAAGAGUGAUUAUGUAAAAAGCAUUUGAAAACGGCUGGGAAAAUAUUUCUCAAGAAUUAGAAUAAGACGAAAAAUAUAUUUAAAAUAUAAAUCAUCUCGCUCCGUUUGAGGGAUCUUGUGCAAAUAUAGGUUCUGAAAAUGAAAUGACACUCAAACAUAUGCAAAUAGAAUCUGGUUAUAUAAAAAGCUUAGGACCAAUGAAGAAUUAACAAUUUAUUUAGCACAUGUAAAAAUAAGGAGAAAAUAUUAACGAAGAAAGUAUUUAGCAAUCGAGUGUUUAAGAAGGGACAAAGUAUAGCCAAUAAAUUAAUUCAAAAGCAAGUUCUUAGCAUAUGAAUAGGAUUUUUAACAUUAAAAACGAUUCAAAAAAUGGCUCAAUUAGCUUUGGGCCAACUGGUAUUUUUAAAAAUGGAUUUUCACGAAACUUAUCUCAAAGGAGUAAUUAAUCUGAUUCAAUUAUGCAAUUCAAUUGCGAAGAAUUAUCAGCUAGAAAUAAUGUCAUUAAUAAUAAUUUAUCUAAUGGUCAAACUUCAAGAAGACAUGGAUUUUAAUAAAGUGGAAAUUAAAUUUUGACAAAUAUAAAAGAAACAGAAGACAGUGUUGAGAAAGAUUAUUCAAACUAUUAAGAUAUUGAUGUCAUUAUUCCUGAGAUUAAUUUUUAAAACUCUGAAAAUAGGAUAGAGUUUCAAAAUAAAAAUGGUGGCCUGUAAAAUUAGUAAGAGAAACAUAAUAAUUUUAAUAUUUGCAAUAGCAAUAACAGUAGAUAGUAAAACUAUUAGUUAAGUGUUUAGUUUGAUAAUGAAUAAAAUAAUUAUGAGUCUAAUAACACUCAACAGCUACAUGUUGAAAAUUUAAGUUAAAAUUAUAACUCCAUAGUCCCUAAUAAUUCCUCUAUUUACUAGUAUUAAGCAGGAAUUAACGAGGGUUAGGCAGCAGAAGUGCCAAAAAAAUACGUAAGCCUUGAAUAGUUAAUUAGAAGCAGGAAAAACUCUAAACAAAUUUCAGAUGGCUUACUUUCAGCUAAUGCUUAAGAAAGUAUUUGCGCUUAAUCUCCUCUAAAUGUUGAGUUGGUUAGAAAUUUCAUAGCCUUAAACGAAAGUUAAAUGUCAAAUAACUAAGCAGAUUUGAAUCCAAGACAGCUAGAGAUUCUCCGUGAAUUAAUUAAAGAAGAUCAUAUAUUAAAAACCAUCCAUAAAACUUUAUAGAGUUAGCAAAAUACCUCUCGCGAAAUGCAAAACCAGCCUCAAUCUAAAAUAAAAUUAACUUGCAGACAGGGCUAGGAAAAUUUAAAUAAUUUAGAAGAGUAGCAAUAAACUUCUUUUAAUGUUGUAAAAUAAUUACAACAAGCAUUUGAAAGUGAAGCAAAUGAAAAUGCUCAAAAUUACAUGGAUUAAGUGGAGUAAGGAGAAAAUAUAUAAAGUUAGAAUGACCACCUAAAUAUUUAUGAAAAUUAUGAAUAGCUUGAUCCUAAAAGUAACAGUAGCACUUUUAACAAUUUCAAAUAAAAUGUUUAAAACUCAUAAAUGAGACAGAAUAAAUUUCAAAACCCCUCCUUUGUACAAGAUCAAAAUAACACUUAAAAUAGUAUGUUAAGAUAAGCUUAGAAUAGUAAUAAAUUAUAAAAUAUUUCUGCAACCAACGAAAAUAUUUGCAUUAAAUAAAAACCAAACAUAUAAAUGGAUUAAAAUGUUAGAAGUGACUACCCUAAAGAGUCUUUUUCAAACAGAAUUAAUGAUGCUAGCAGUUUGAAAGGCCCAAUAGUCUAUACAGAGUAGUUAGAAAGCUGUGAUAACAUUUCAUAAUGCUACAUAGAAGGAUAUUCGUACAGGACUAACAAUUCUUUUAAGUCAAUAGAAUAAAAGAAAAGAAGUAUUAGUUAAAAUACUUUCGGAAACAAUUAGUUAAACAACAGAAGCACAAGCAGCUUUUAUCAGGUCAACGAUGAUAAACAAUAAAAUUCUGACUUUUAAAAUAUAAAUAACAUAUAUACAAAUGGACAGAUAACUGGUUCUAAUCUAUAGUAAAGUUUAAAUAACUCUAUAAAUUUAUAGGGCAUACAAUAUAAAAUUUGCAGUUCAGUUAAUAAUGAAAACGUUAAAAAUCCUAUUAAAAAGAUUAGGAGUUUCUCUUCUAACUCUAGAUCAAAUUAGUAAUCCUAAAAUUAAUUAUUGUAGGAUAGUAUUAAUCCUAAUAAUCUUAACGAAUAGAGUAGUAACAAUAAUAAUAAUAAUGUGUUUUUAAAUAAUAGCUAAGAUACUUUUAAAAAUUCAAAUAUGCAAAAGGCUAAUGUUUUUUAGACAUUCACUUAAAUAAAUGAUCAAUAAAAUACUAUUAAACCUACUAGCUAAAUUAAAUUUAAUCAGCUUAAUAUCCUCAGCUCUUAAUUGCAGAGCACAAAAAAUUAAAGCAGCCAGAACAAUAUUCCUAAUUAGUUUAAUCCUUUAUCUAAUAAAAGUGGUAAAGAACAGAGCAACUAUUUUUUAAAUUAUAAUAAUUCGAUGAAUAAUAGCUUUAAUUGCGCUUUGAAUUCUAGUUAUGGAGAUUGUCAAAAUGUAAACUAAAGCUUUGAAAAAAAAUUCAGAAAGCUAAGGAGUGUUUCACACUAAGAUAAUAACAGAAAUAGCUUUGUAAAUAGCUCUAACAAUAUUCAAUCAUAUCAAGUAUAAAGUAGCAAUAACUAAAUCAAUGAGGAUUCAUAAUAGUAAUACUAGUCAUUGUUGAAUGCUAUUCCUACUAUUAAUACACAAGUUUAAAUGAACACAAAUAGUAGCUUUUAAAUUAAUUAAGUUCAUUUAACAACUCAUCCUGCAGAAGAAAUAAAUUAAAAAUAAAACACUUAAGAAGCAAGCAUUAAUCUUAAAAAUUAAAGACAGAUUAUUUAACCAGGGGCUUAUGAAUCUGUUUGUUCAUAAAAGAGUAGUGGAUUCAAAGCUCUAAAUUGCAAAGAAAACUAUGAAUCUCAUUCUAAUAGAAAUAAAUAAAAUUAAAUUAUUAGCUUCAAUAGUAGUAAUAAAAUGAGAUUUAUGACUAUUUAGGAAUAAACUGAGAAUUCUAACUAUCCUUCGAUGUAUUCUGUGUAAAUGUAGUAGCAAUAGAACUAGCAAAUACAAACUUAGUUUACACGUUAGAGUUUAGUUAGCUAGUAAGAAAGAUAAAGUAAAAUAAUAUGCUCAGAAGCAGAAAAAGAUAGCUGCAUUUACUCAGAUCUAAAGAGCUAAUAAACAAUGAAUAGCUAAUAAAAGCCUGAAAUAAAAAAUAUCAGUUGCAUCAACUAAAACAUGCGUAAGAAUAAUACUUAUUUUAAUAGUAAUGUUUAAAAUGAUGAAGAAUUAAAGUUAAAUUAGGAUUAUGAAUUUAAUAAAUAUUUUUGCAAAAAUGUGUAAAGUAUUUCCAACACGCCAAUAAGCAAAGGCAUUAUUGAAUCAAGCAGCUCUAGGUUUGUCUCCCGCUCAGCAUUGCAACAAUAAAAUAAAGAAAAUGAAUAAGAAGAAAUAUAAUCAAUGAGUUCUUUGAUAAGACUAUCUUAGAAUGCUUAAAGCCUAACUAAAAAUUUUAGUCACUCAAAUAUAUAGUAAUCAGGUGCAGGUAAAACUGAAUGUCUUCCUCCUUCGUUUAGUAGUAAAGCUCUCCUUAAAAGAGAAAAUAGCAGUAAAGUAAUCAAUUAAAAGGUUUUAAAUGAAAGUCAUAUUCAAUACACAUCUAAAAAACAGUAAUAAGGAGCUUUAUCUUCAAUUAACGCUAGCUAUAUUUAUUCUCCUAGUAAAUAAAUAUCAGUAAAUAUAUUAUAAAACGAUCAGUCUGAGAAUAAUAUAAAUACUCCAAAUUAGUCAUGCUUAUCUAGAAAUGCAGCAUUGUGUCUGUUUGGAGAUAGACAAUAACCAAGCAAUGAUAACUCUCUUUUAGUAAACUAAGCUCCUCCAGUAAAUAGAAGCAGCUCAACUGAAUGCAGAGCUAGUGGCUUGACUAAUAAUCAUGAAGUUAGAAAAACUAUAACAGGAAUUAAGAAAUUUAGAUCAUCAUCUAACAAUAACUCUUUUAUAACUAAUUAGAGUGAUUAAAAUUUUUAAAUAAACAACGAAUCAGAUUAGUAAGUUUCUUUAAACAACUCUAAAAUGUAGCUGAAUAAUUAAAAUAGCGUAACUAUCAACCAGUUGAUUCAAGAAGAAGAAUAAUAACAAAUACUUUUAAAGCAAUAAAAAUAAAUCAUCUAAAACAAAAAAAUGGGAGAAAAACAUGAAAUAAGUAUCCAAAAUUUAAAAGAAAAUACUGAUAACUUCACUAAUAACGACUUUAAACAAAGAGAUAGCUUAUAAUAUGGCCAUAAAACCAGCUAAACACAACAUAAUACUGGGUGCUUAAAAACAGAAUCGUCAAAUUUUUAAAAUACAUUUUAAAAUAUAGAAGGAAAUGAAAAUAAUAAUCUCAGAGAAAGUACUAUUUACUAGAGAAAUAAAUUUUUAAUUGAAUAAAUAAAGCAGAGCAAUCAGGAUAUAUUUGAAUCAGAUUUUAAUUUAAGCCAACAAAAAGAAUAAUAAUUUGACCAUGAAAUAGUUUGCUCAGAGCAGAAAUUCAACAACUGUAAUUAAUAAACUACACAAAAGGAAAUUAUAGAAUCUGACUGUUAAUUAUAAUCAGAAGUUAUCCUAAGAAAGCAAUCAUCUUAGUUAUCCUAAAGAGAAAAAUCAUUAAAUUAAUAUAGUGACAAUAAAUACAAAAGGAACGACCUAAAGUUAAAUGACUCAAUAGAUUUCAAUAAAAAUUAAAACGAGAAUGAUGAUAAAGAAUACUAUGAUAUGAAAAUACUAAACCUUUAAUAAAAUACUAAACUUACUAACGAAUCACAAGAAAAGAUUAAAGAGAUGAUGAAAAAAAUGAAAGAGGCACAGUAAAAUAACUAGCAACAAUAAUCUUCAAUGGGAAAAUAACAAGACUCUUGUUAAGACCAAAAACUCCUUUCAUCAUAAAAAAAAGAUGAAAAUAAAAAAACUCAAAACACUCAAGCAAAUUAAAUAUUUAUUAACUCAACUACUAACUAAUCUUUUGAGAAUUAAAAAAUGUAAAAUUAAAAUAAAUUUAUCUAAUUUGAUAAUACUUAAAGUGAUAAUUAGUAAAACUAAAGCUAAUUUGAGAUUGUCUCUAAUUAUGAAAAUUAAAAUCGUUAAAUUUUCAAUUCUAAUCUUAAAUAAAAGAAUGAUUAAUUAUAAGGUAAAAUUUCUGAUUAAAAGCUCAAAAACUUAAAUCAUAACAAAACAACUGAAGAAAACAAUAAAACAUUUAAUUAAAAUCAAUAAUCAUAGGCUUUUUACUUAGAUACAUUUAAACAGUAAUACUUUGAGUAAGGAGAUGAUGAAGAAUAAGAAAUAGAAUUUGAGGAAGAUAACUUAAAUAACUUCCAAUAAUAGUAAGAAUCUGGAACAGCUACAUGCCUAACAGAGACAUCUAGAAAAGACAACCAAUGUCUUGAUGAGAUCAGCUAGCAGCUUUAAUAUCUUAAGCAGCGUUCAAGAAAUAUGGAUUACUCUAUUUAAAGUGAGAUAAAUGUUUUAGAAGAAAAAGUUGCUAAAAUAUUUACGAAAAUAAAAUUUGAAAAAUUGUCAAAGAGCAAAGAAAACUCUUUUGUAGGCAGUGUUAACCAGUAAAAUAAUAGCACUAAUAUUAUUUUAAAUCAAAUACCUAUCAGCAACAUUUCCUCUAUCUAAAAUAUUUAGAAUAAUCAAAGGAAAAUUGCAAGUUACACUACAGCAUCCAAUUCGAAUACCUCUUCCAAAUUUUUAUCUUAAUAACAAUACUAAAAUAUAAGCCAAUCUUAAUAACAUAUAGCAUCAUAUUUAGGCCUAAAUCUAUAGAGUUAUGAUAAUAAUUGUGAGUUAAAUGAUCUAUAAAAUGAUGAUCAAGAUCGAGAUAUUUUUAAUUAAGAUAGCUUAACGCCUGUUGAUUAGCCUCUUGCAUUAGAAUAGCCUGAAUCCUAAUUUAGUGCAUUAUCAAUAGAGACUUUAGGUCAAACUUCAAAAUCUAAAGGUAUAAAUGAUAAUAAAAUAUCUAGAAGUCUAUUAAACUAUAAUACUAGUAACAAUUACAAUCAAGAUAGUUUGAAAAGAUACGCUUAAUAAAAUAGUCAAUUUAAUAAUAACUAAAGCAUGUUUAAUUAGAUAGAAGAGCCAUAUGAAGCUUAAGAAGAGACUAACUCUAAUUUUUACAUCCUCAGUGGAAGUAAAUAAAGCAAUCAAUAAAACUUAAAAACUGAAGGAUAAAAUGAGCACGGCAAUUUCUUUAAGAAUAACACUAAAUAUGUAUGCAAUAAUUUAAUUAAAAUGAACGAUAUUCAAAUAAAAUAAGAAUUCUAGAAAAGUUAAGAAAUAAGUAAUAGCAACCAAUAAUUUUCAGAUUACUUUGAGUAAUAAGUUAAUAAAAAUAACUAAAUGAACAAAGAUCAGCAGCUAAACCAGCAGGAAAGUUUUUACUCUUCAAUUUCAAAUAGAUUUAUUUUAAAUUCAGCUACAAACAGAUCCUAAUUGCAAGGUAAUCACAACUCGAUAAAAAGAUAAGAAUCAAACUUCUAAAUGAUAAGUAAUGGACCUUUGUGCAGCAGCUCUAGUAAUAGAAGUAACACAAAAAUAAAUACAUUAAGUUAUAUUAACUCUUCAAACUAAGGCGAAAGAUAAAAGAAAGACUUGGAAUUGCUUAAAAUAAUGCAUAUUCUCGAAGAAAAUCCUAACAAUGUGAUUUCAAGCAUCAAAUAAUUUGAAACUCUUGACAGUUAAUAAAUGUAAAAUGAACUAGCUCAACAAUAACAUUAAUAAAGCUAAUACGAUUUCGAGUAAUUACACUCAGCUAAUCAUUAUAUCAAUAAUUAAGAAAAAACAAGUAAAGAAAACGAAUAGAAAAUUUAAUUUGACUAAUUUUAAAAUAUAAAGUAAUAAGCAUACUUAGCUUAGAAUUAAUACUAAUUAAAUUAAAAUCAACAUAACCAAGAAAAUUAUUAAGCUCACUUCUUUAAAAACUAAUAUAAUAUUUAGCCUUAAGCUCCCUUAUUUGAAAUGUCUAUUUAAGAAUGGUAAAAUGCAUCAGCUUCUUUUCCAAACAACAGCACAAAAAAUAAUAGUUCACUGUAAAAUUAACAUAGCAAUAUAUAAAAAUUCAAUUAAGAAAAUUCAUUAAAGUAUGAAAAGCAAUAUGAUUAAAUUGAUUAAUAAAGCAGUCUAGAUCGCCAUAAUGAUGAAGUAAAUUCGUUGGAAUAAUUUGUUUCAAAGUAAAUAAUAUAAAAUCGUGCUAAAAAUGUUAAGUAAGUAAAUUCAGUUUCAACUAAAAGGUCUUUGUUUAAUGAUGUUAGUGACAAAGAAAAUAAAAUCCCAGAAUAAAAAGUUAAUUUAAUUGAAUUGCUUUAGAAGAAAUAACAGUAAUAGCAGUUAAAUCAAUAAUCAUAAUAGAAGAAAACACUAUUAGCUUUACAAGAAUAGAAUAUAAAUAUUCAAUUGGAUUUUAACACUCCAAUAAUUAGCACAAAGAGCAACUAAAACUAAUAUAGCAAAUUUAAAAAUGACCAAAUAGAUGAUGAAAAUUAGUUUAAUACAAUUUAAUAUGAGUAAUUUGGUUAAAAUUAAAUCUAAUUUAGCAGAAGAAAUCACCAUUUAGGAUAUCAAAAGAUACAUGAAAGAAAUUCUAAACUGACUCCAGAUAAAUGUAUGAGCUCAUAAAAUAUGUCUGCUAACACAUCGAAAUCGAAUACAUCAAAGAAGAUAUUGAAUAGCAAAUCCAGUUAAAAAAUUCUUAGUUAAAAUCCAUCAAGCUAAAUAUUUUUAGAUUAUUAAAAUUAAGUUGAUGAGUAAAAAAACUAAAGAUAAAAAACCCAUGAAAAAAUAACCUAGCUUUAUAAAUAGCACUAGAAUUUUAUUUUGAAAUAGGAAAAGAUCAAUUAGGAGCUUGAUGUAAAUAACUCGUCAUCUUCAAUUAAUUAUUGGAAAAUAAGAAAUGCAGAAUCAAGAAAAAGAUCAAGAAACUCAUCUAAUAGUGGUCCUAGGUCAACUGGGAAAGAUAAAAAUAAUGGAUAACAAAUAGAAAAAGAAAAAAUUCCAAAGAACUAACUAUCAGAAAUAGUAACAUUUUUGAAUGAAUAAUAAAGAAUGAAUAAACCAAUCUUUGAUAUAAUUAAAUAAAAUAAUGCUCAUUAAUUUGAAAUUAAAAAAAAUUAAUUAAAAAAUAAUUGA